GCGGCGCUUGCACACUCUCUGGCCACAGACCGAGCAGCUGUCAAUGCACAGUACAGAGCGUCACGACAAGCAGGAGGCUUUGAGGAAGGACAGAGGAUUUAAAAUGCAGCUCAGGGACGAUUUCUGUAGUUUAGCAUAUAGUCGUGUCGGGUUUCAACACGUCCACAUCUAGCGUAUGAGCAACGAGCCGACAGAGAGUGACUUUUCCUCGAGUGUUUUUUUUUUCUUUGAGUGUUGUCUGCUCUGCACUGUCCAUCCGACAGGACUAGUCCAGACAUGAGUAACGUUAAUCUGAUUUUUUGGGACCAGUUGCAGGCUGGCAGCUCCGAGGUGGACUGGUGUGAAGGCAAUUACCUAAUUUACCCCAGCAUCGCUGAAUUUUACAACACGAUCAGCAACUUUUUGUUUUUUGUUUUGCCGCCCAUAUUAAUGUGCUUGUUCCGCCAAUAUGCAACACAUUUCAACAGUGGGAUUUACCUCAUAUGGAUUCUACUAGUUGUGGUUGGUAUUGGGUCGACGUAUUUUCACGCCACCCUCAGUUUCCUUGGACAAAUGCUGGACGAGUUGGCCAUAUUAUGGGUGCUUAUGUGUGCCAUAGCCAUGUGGUUUCCCAAGAGAUACCUACCCAGGAUGUUCAGGAGGGAUCGGACAAGGUUCAAAGUGGUCAUUGGCAUCUUGUCGGGGAUCACCACUGGGCUGGCCUUUGUUAAACCUGUCGUCAACUCAUUGUCACUGAUGACUCUGGGCAUCCCCUGCACCGUGCUGCUUAUUACCGAGCUUAAAAGGUGUGAAAACCCACGUGUGUUCAAGUUGGGUCUGGUCUCAGGGAUCUGGUGGGCACUGGCUCUGCUUUGUUGGAUCAGUGACAGGAUAUUCUGUGAGAUGUGGUCAUCUGUCAACUUUCCCUACUUACACUGUGCUUGGCACAUCCUCAUUUGCCUGGCUUCCUACUUGGGUUGCGUUUGCUUCGCCUACUUCGACGUCGCGACCGAGGCCCCGGAGCGAGGACCGGUCAUCAUGUUCUGGCCCAACGAGAAAUGGGCCUUCAUCGGCGUGCCCUACAUUUCCUUCCUCUUCCUCCACAAGAAGACUGCCAUCAAGGUCACAUAAGGGGACUCACAUGUGCUGCUCUGCUGGUCGUGCUUUAACACUUCUCAGCAGGAUGUGUCCGAACAAUAUGGCAUCUCUGCGGCCACUUGUGACCAGGUGAUGUAGGUGAUGCACGUUGUGGCCAACUGUGAGGAUUUAUGUUGUCCUUUUUCCAUCCCUGUCUGGUGUCAUUACACAACAGUAUUUAUGCAACUCUGUCAAAGAACAAAAGGUGUUACAAAAUUAGUCUAACAUGAUGAUGAAAGGGUGACUUUUUAAACAACACAGUAUCAAAGCCAAGAAACCUUAACAGUGUUAAAAACAUACUCUCAGGCUUUGUUUAUGAGAUCAUGUCAGUAUUAGUAUUAUGCAUUUCAGGUUUCUUUAAUAAGAAGACGGUUUUGUACAUUUUGUAGUAACUCGGAAAACCUCAUUAUAAAGCGUUGUAUUGCCUUUAUAAACAUAAGUAUAGCAUCUCAUAGGUGCAGUCUGGCCAUUAUGAAAUCAUAUUUAGAAACAAUAAAGCACUGGAUUCACUGACUGUGAUUAAUGCAUAAUGCAUUAAUGCUUCAUAUUAUAUUGCUUAGCCGAUCUAACUAUGCUCAGUGAAUCAACAAGCUGGUUCAUAAGAUGCCACAGAAGUGUUACAAGUAUUUCACACCGAGCCUUAUGUGUUUUUAAAUGCAUAAUGGAUUCAGGCUGUCGUGCCUGCCCUCUUUGUGGAUGGGUGUUUUGUAUUUGAAAUGCCAGAAACACACAGGCCAGUCGCUGGAAGAAAUGUUGGUAUUGUACAUUUCUGCGAACCACAAAUAGGUUACAUUUCAUACAUAUUGUGUCAACGUUUCUAAAGUGAGGUAGUGUAUUAGCUGACUUUGUCUGGAGGUGCAUGGGGUGUCACCUACAGUAUGUGGCACUCUUUUUAGGCACCAAACAUGGGUGUUUUGUAGCAACCCGUCGCUGUUUUUCUUGCGGCUUUUUAGACAUGAAAAGCAGUGGUUUUUCCAGCAGAGAUACUGCCACAAACAGCAUGUAUUUUAAGCCAAAACAGGAUCUUUUACCAACCAUAACCAAAUAGUUUUUGUGCCUAAAACUGCCCACAUGUUGUUCAAUGUACAAUGCCAACAUUUAUCCUGGGAUUGAGCCGCACACACGCAAAACGCUUCUCUCUGUUCUGGGUGUAUUAUGUUCUGCUUCCAGCAUGCUAUUGUGAUUUUAAAAGGUAGUAUAAAAGAAAUGUGUUUAAUAUACUUCUGUAUUAGUUGUGUUAACUAACAAUGUUAUAUGCAGUUAUUUUCCAAGGAAAAGCAUAUCAUUCAUAUUUUACUGAGUGAACAGGUACCCUUCGACAUUGGCCAAAAACCCAAAGUAAAAAAAACAAAAAAACAAAAAAGAAUGUGAAAUCAAAAUGUAUUUAAAUAUGAUCGACUAGUCAAGGAGAUAAUUAUAUGUUUUGCACAAAAUGAAGAUGGUUCUCAAAGCCGUUGGCUAAAUGCACACUGCGACGAUAAUUACAAUACUCAAAACUUUGCUUCAUGAACAUCUUCGCAUACUAAACAUUUCACGGCAGAUUUUUUUUUUUUGUUUGUUUGUUUGUUGUUUGUUUUACAGGAUGUCUCAGCUCUUAAACUUCUCUUCAGGGUUAUUUAUUCCAGGCUCAGUAUUUUAGACUUUGUGCUACAUAUUAUUGAAAACUGUGCAAAAGCCUUAAUCAAACAGUAUAACGGAGCACAGAAGCAAAUGAAGGUACAUUGUGUUCUUGUGUGAUGUAUUGGAAACUGUUUGCUCUAAAAAGGGGAAAUGCAGUGUAAUGAUUACGUUACAUAACUGGGAAUAAGGUUUUGGUUAAGAUGUGGGUCGGAUUAGGCUUUAUUAGCUCUGACCUGAAAACCUCAUCUAACUUAUCAGUGUUCAUUUGGCAGGACUGAAUAGAAAUUCUGUAGAAUAUAAAAGGGAAGUACGCUGGGUGUUGCAAAACACUAACCCCAAACGACAAGGAUCACCAAAGCUAUUUUUUUUUUUUUCACCACAAACCAUUGUUUUAAAAGUUGUUUUUAAAAACUGCCUCAAGCUGUGUUAACGAUUAUUAUUUGACUCCCGUCCUCAUGGAGAGGCUUCUGGGAAUGCCGACUCGCGCGCACACGCAGGGUCAAAUGAAGGAUCAUGAUUUAGAAAAAAGGAAGAAAAAAAAGCUAUUUUUGUGAGAUGCUGAAAUAUUUUGUUGAAUCCAAAACAAUAUUUUUCUAAGUGAAGUGCAGCCAAAAUGAAAGGGUGAGUGGUUUUUGAUAUUGCAUGAUUACUACCUUUGUAUUGC